GGCCACUUGCCUUUCUCCCCAUUCAUGCGGCCGGAAUAUACAGUCCGGAUUCAGUUGAUUCACAGAUAAGUGACUACGUAAUCUCGUCUUACACGCCGACGUUGUCUGCCUUGAUACAACCUCUGAAUUCUACCGCCGAGCAGACGUUCCAACUGCUGUCUGUGAUUCAGCCAUCGGCUCCUGGGGUAUCCUACAUACCCAACACUGAGCUAGAACUCGAAAACCUUCGACGUCAUCUUAUUGACAAAGAUCAUGUUGUGCUCGAAGGCCCAGAAGGGACCAAGAGUAAGGUGAUGAAGGCAAUGAAAGGCUGCAACUGGCUCCAUCUAGCGUGCCAUGGUGUUCAGAAGCCAGAUGAACCGACCAAGAGCUCACUUAUUCUUGAAGAUGGGCAUCUUACGGUGGAAGAGAUCAUCAAGCUCGAUCUACCCAAGGCAGAGUUUGCAUUCCUUUCGGCCUGUCAGACUACAGCAGGAGACGAGAAGCUUUCGGAGGAGGCCGUUCACAUCGCCGGUGGGAUGUUAUUGGCGGGAUAUCGUGGAGUAGUAGCGACAAUGUGGUCCAUUCAAGAUGACCUCGCGCCGGACGUGACGGACGAGUUUUAUUCGCAUAUAAUACAAGAUGGGGAACGACCGGACAGUAGAAAGGCAGCGGAGGCACUUCACUUUUCGGUGCAAAAGCUCCGUAAGAAGCCAGGAGUAUCGCUUAUAGACUGGAUUCCCUUUGUGCACCUAG